AUGAUCCGAGGGGCGGGACGAACAGGCCUCCUGGAACUAUCCCCGGUGGAGCGCGGGGUGGUGAGCAUCUUCGGAGUCGCCAGCCGACUCUUCCUGGCCAUGAGCAGCAAGGGCAAGCUCUACGGCUCGCCUUUCUUCACCGACCAGUGCAAGUUCAAGGAGAUCCUUCUACCCAACAACUACAAUGCCUACGAGUCUCAUGCCUACCCUGGCAUGUUUGUUGCCCUGAGUAAGAACGGGAGGACCAAGAAGGGGAACCGAGUGUCCCCCACCAUGAAGGUCACCCACUUUCUCCCCAGGUUGUGA